AUGUUCAUCCUAUCGGAACUUUCCGACUUGAUACGAGUCCCGCCUCACUCCUUCAACAUUCCCAUUCACAAGGUCUUGAAGGACGAGCUCCAUCAGAAAUAUUCCAACAAGGUCAUUUCAAGUUUAGGUUUAGCCGUAUCUAUUUGGGAUUUACUGGAUAUCAAAGACGGACUUCUCCGGCCAGGAGACGGAGGUGCAUAUGUUGAAGUCAAGUUUCGAAUAGUGGUGUGGAAGCCGUUUAUUGGCGAAGUCUUGACAGGUUGGGUCACUGACUGUACACCUGAAGGAAUCAAGGUCAGAAUGGAGUUUUUCGACGAUAUUUUUAUUCCUAAAGGCUAUCUUUUUGAGAGCUGUGUGUUCAAGCCCGUGGAGAAGGCGUGGGUUUGGCAGCCAGAUCUGGACACCGAGUUGUAUAUCGAUUUGAACGAGAAGAUUCGCUUUAGAGUCGAGGAAGAGGUGUUUGUCAACAUCAAACCCAAGUCCAGUUCGGAAGCGUUGGGACUAGAAGAGGUGGAGAAUAAAGCACCACCAUAUGCGUUGAUUGCAUCGUGCCAGACGGAUGGUAUGGGAUGUGUAUCAUGGUGGGACUAA